AUGACAGCUCGAGUCGCACCUGGCUCUUCAUCCUACUCGGAGCCGCCUACCAUUAUUUCUCCAACUGCCGACCACGAUGUCCUACGAGGCCGUAAAAGAGAGCGAAGCCUGACCCGCGGCAGUGUCCGCCCAUUUCGAGCUGCACUACCAGACGAGUCGAGCAACCUUCGAGGUCGCUCUCGUCGCCGAGCCGCAUCCCCAGCUCUCAAUUAUACAUCCCGACCUUCGUCGCCCAGAAGAGUGCCAUCUCCCACAAGACGCCGGCUUCUUCAUGCCCGCCUCCGCCGAGAGCACUGUCCUUCACGUGUUGCAUCACCCGCUGAGCAGCAGCUCCAGCUCCAGCUCCAGCAACACCGACCAGCCCGGUCAAAGCAGCGAACCCGGAGCCAGAGCCGGGGCCCUCGUCUUGAGAUGGAGCUCGGAGCUCAGCAAUCUACCGAUGGCCUUUCCGGGCUGCGGAACGAGGUCCGAGCCUCGUCUUCUGACACCGCAGACGAGACAAAGCCGAGUGCAUAA